AUGCAUGGGAAACCGUUAACGGGAAACUUUAAGGAAGAUUUGUUACAGGUGAUACCUAAAACUUCCAGCGGUAAGGACUACGCUUUAAGCCUUCGCCCCGACUACCAUCGUGCUAUUUUCGACACGAUCAUUUUCUAUGGCUGGACUGAAGUUAUCUAUAUCUACGAUUCUCAUGAUGGUCUACGGCGUCUGCAGAGUAUUUUCAAUUAUAUGCAGCCGGGAUCGACGCCAUUUCGUAUUAUCCAAGUGAGGCGAGUCGCAAAAGCAGAAGAAGUUAUAGAUUACCUUCUCAAGUUGGAGGCUGUUGAUCGUUUGGAUCCUACAAAACCUUCUGUUAAGAAAUAUGUUGUUCUGGAUUCUUCUAUAGAUAUAGCUAAAGAGACUGUUAGACAACAUGCGAAUUGUACCAAUCUCGGAAGAACACCAUUCCAUUACUUGCUAAGCGCUUCUGUAAUGGAUGAGCCUUGGAGUGAAAACGUCCACAAUUUUGAAACUCUCGAUAUAACAGGAUUCCGAGUUAUCGAUCAUUCCAAGAAGAAAGUUAAGGAUUUUUGGAAAAUUGGAAAUGGUCAACUCAUGUAUCGCCUUAAUUUUUUUCAGCCGAAGGCGGCUAUGGUGGUUGAUUCACUUAACUUGGUACAAGAAGCAAUUGUGCGUCUAGUACGCAAAAAACCAGAGUUUCUACGAGCAUCCGCCCUCCGAAGCUUCCCGGCCAAUGUCACCGAGAUCAACGAGUGUAAUAUAGAGGAGGAAGGAAUCAUACCUUUUGAAUUCGGCAAGAAAUUGGCCAAAACUAUAAGAAGGACGGAGAUAGAUGGCCUAAGUGGUUUUAUCAAAUUUGACGAGGACGGCCGCCGUACCAACUUUACACUUCAGAUUGUGGAAAUGACUACUGGUUCUAAAGCUGAAACGGUUGCAAGAUGGUACGACGAUAAAGGUAUAGAAAAACUGAACGAAGUUGGCUGGGUUGGUCCGUCUGAGCUAAAGACUUACAUAAUAAUAGGUGUUCAAGAGAAGCCUUAUAUUAUGCCGUUGGUUGAUAAUCGCUCUAAGAAAAAAUGGAAAGGAUUUUCUGUGGAACUUGCCGAAAUGAUUAUGAAAAAAUUGGGACUCAAAUAUGAACUUCGUUUGGUUAAAGAUGGUAAAUUUGGGCAGGAAAAUCCAGAAGUCGCUGGUGGGUGGGAUGGUAUCAUCGGGGAGUUGAUAAGGAAGGAAGCGGAUCUAUCAAUUUCAUCUCUAACUGCAAAUGUGCAGAGAGAGGCGGUGAUUGAAUUUAGUCGAACCUUCCUCUCAUUCGAAACUGUGACUAAAGACGUACCACUACAUUUGGAUUCAAUCUUCAGCUUUUUUCAGCCAUUGUCUAAGGAGGUUUGGUGUUCAAUAUUUGGAAGUAUGCUGGCUGUAAGCUUUUCCCUGUAUAUUGUAUCGAAAUGUUCCUCUUCUAAAUAUGAGGUACAAUUAAGUUCGAACGAAGAUACUGAAUCCUCAGGUGUCCAGGCGGUCCAGCCGAACGUCAAGAACACAUUUACAUUAUGGAAUGCCAUUUGGUUUUCUUUGGGCUCUUUUAUGCAGCAGACUAGCGGCUAUACACCGAGGUCCAUCUCGGGAAGGAUUGUUAGCGGUGUAUGGUGGUUUUUCGCAUUAUUCGUAAUGAUAAUGUACACGGCAAAUUUGACCACACAUCUGACUAUAUCCCAACUCAAUCCGCCACUAAACACGAUACACCGAGCGCACAAAUGUCCUGCGGAAACCAACAAACCGUGUGAUAUGCUGAUAUCCGUAAUGGAGACUGGACUACAAGAUUUUGCGGUAGCCUUCCCUAAAGGAUCACCCUUACGGGAGGGUGUUAAUUUGGCGCUUCUAAAAUUAAGGAAUGAUGGUGAACUGCACAGGCUUAUACGCAAAUGGUUUAUGCCGCUAUCUUGCAUAAAUAAGAGUCAUGGAAAGGAAAUCUCCUUAAGCCAGAUCGCCGGAUUGUUCUUGAUUCUGUUGGGCGGACUCGGACUGGGCCUGAUAAUCAGUUUUAUCGAAUAUAUCGUGCAUCGUCGUAAAAAGCAUGAGCAACCAAUAAAUCCCUCGCCACCUGGUACCCCAGUUAGGUCGCCCGAUAGCCCCGUGAUACGAAGUAUUAUGAAACCAUCCACACAUCGCUCUCAGAAUGAACGAGAGACCAUUGACUGGAAUGCUGCUAACUACGCCGUGAAUUUCCCACCACCUUUUCCAUACUCCACUGCUUUGUUUGUUGUAUACAAUAACAGUCUAUCUGUUAACAGUACGGAUCACCAAGCGACCAUGAAUACCGAGAGGAGACUCCGACGCAUGAAACCUUCAGGCAGGUCUGAUACUCACCGCCAGGCUCGAGCCGUAUGCUUCGGGCCUCCCAGCGAAAACUCUCCGACUCCAUAG